AUGGUCGGACUUGUAUCGGCCGCCGGUCUUGUCGGCUUCCUCUCCGAGCCUGACCCAGAGCUUAAGGUCUUUGCUUUAAAGACAUUAGAUUCCCAGAUUGAUCAUCUGUGGACGGAAGUCGUCAACUCCGUCCCCGAAAUUGAGGCUCUUUACGAAGAUGAAUCAUUCACGGAGCGUGGGCUAGCAGCGCUAGUGGCAUCUAAGGUAUACUAUCAUCUGCAGGAAUACAACGAAAGCAUGGUCCUUGCUCUGGGCGCAGGCAAGCUGUUCAAGCUGGAGAACGGUGGCGAAUACGAGGAGACAAUCAUCGCGAAAUGCGUUGAUACCUUCAUCUCUCUUUCUGCUGCCCAAAGACCCACCGCCGGUGACCAAUCCGCCAACCUGAACACCGCAUUCCCGUCAUCGGGCGACGGUGCCACAAGCACAUCCGCAAGCCUCACUUCCCCUAUCACACCCUUUUCUAAGUCCGCAUUGCCCUCCAAAUCAUUGCUUUCCCGCGCAGAGGUUCCUGGAAUCGAUGCCGCACACCCGGGUGGCGAUGACACCAGCGUGGUGCACGAGGAGAACUCUCUUGUGCUCAAGCGCGGUGUCCAGGGCCAACUGCAGUCGGUAAUCGAGCGACUGUUCGAAGAAUGUUUCCGACAGAAGCGAUACCGCCAGGUUAUUGGAAUCGCCAUUGAGGCCAAGAGCUUGGAUGUGCUUCGUAUGGCUAUCCUUCGUGCUAGCAACGACGAGAAGGAGCAGGAGGGUGACUCUCGCCGCAGUGAGGAGCUUAUGGAGUAUGUCCUUGACAUCUGCAUGGGUGUCGUUCAAGAACGGGCUUUCCGCAGCGAGAUUCUCAAGCUCAUCCUGGAGCUCCUUAACGAGAUUCCCGCACCAGACUUCUUCUCUAUUGCCAAAUGUGUCGUCUACCUUAAUGAGCACUCCAUGGCCUCUAAUAUUCUUCGCCAAUUGGUUGAGAAGGGUGAUGAUCGCUCCCUCGCCGUUGCAUACCAGAUUUCCUUCGACCUGUACGACAACAGUACACAGGAAUUCUUACAGAAGGUUCGCCAGGAAAUUGCCGAGCUUAUCCCCGAGCACAAGUACGAUAUGAGGGACGACUACGACUCAGACGAGCCCGCGCUCACACAUUCCGAUGGAGUUACCACACACCGGUACAAAACAGUUCGGUCUUCUGACGACAAGUUCGAGAUCAUGAUAGGCCCCAUCGCCAGUUUCAGGAACAUAGUGUCAAUCCUCGAUGGUAUCAAGACGAUUCAGUUGAACCUGGAAUUCUUAUACCGCAACAACAAGGCCGACAUUGCGAUCCUUAACAAGAUCCGAGACAGCCUUGAGGCUCGCAAUUCAAUCUUCCACACUGCCGUUACUCUUUCCAACGCUUUUAUGCACGCAGGAACCACCCACGACAAGUUCUUCCGUGAUAACCUGGAAUGGCUCGGCAAGGCCGUCAACUGGUCCAAGUUUACUGCGACUGCUGCAUUGGGAUGUAUCCAUCGUGGCAACCUGAGCCAGGGCGAGAAGCUCCUUCAACCCUACCUGCCUCGUGAGAACAUUGCUGGAGUUGGAGGAGGUUCUGGCUCUGUUUACAGCCAGGGUGGUUCUCUUUAUGCGUUUGGCCUCAUCUAUGCCAACCACGGAGGCAUGGCUGUUGAGGUCAUUCGCGACCACUUCAAGAAGGCCACUGAUGAGGUUGUCCAGCACGGAGGUGCUCUCGGUCUCGGUGUUGCAGGUAUGGCGACGGGCAAUGAGGGCAUGUACGAAGAUCUCCGCAACGUCCUAUACACCGACUCCGCGCUCAACGGCGAGGCUGUCGGUCUUGCAAUGGGUCUGAUCAUGCUUGGUACGGGUAACAUGAAGGCUUUGGAGGACAUGAUUCAGUACGCACACGACACACAGCACGAGAAGAUUGUGCGAGGUCUCGCCAUGGGUAUGGCUCUGAUCAUGUACGGUCGCCAGGAAGCUGCAGACGAGUUGAUUAACGGUCUUCUCGGCGACCCUGACCCUACACUUCGCUACGGUGGUAUCAUGACUAUCGCCCUGGCUUACUGUGGCAGCGGAAGCAACAAGGCUGUUCGCAAGCUGCUGCACGUUGCUGUCAGUGAUGUCAAUGACGAUGUUCGCCGUGUUGCUGUUCUCAGCUUGGGUUUCAUCCUGUUCCGCAAGCACCAGAGCGUUCCUCGCAUGGUCGAGCUACUUUCUGAGUCGUACAACCCCCACGUCCGAUACGGUGCUGCCAUGGCCCUUGGUAUCUCUUGUGCCGGAACCGGUCUGGAUGAAGCUAUUGACCUUCUCGAGCCCAUGCUCAAGGAUUCUACCGACUUUGUCCGCCAGGGUGCUCUGAUCUCCCUUGCCAUGGUUCUCGUUCAGCAGAAUGAGGCCAUGAACCCCCGCGUCACCAGUCUUCGCAAGGCCAUGAUGAAGAUGCUCGGUGACCGCCAUGAGGAUGCCAUGGCCAAGUUCGGCUGUGCCAUCGCCCUCGGUAUCAUCGACGCUGGUGGCCGCAACUGCACUAUUAGCUUGCAGACCCAAACAGGCAACCUCAACAUGCCUGGUAUCGUCGGCGCCGCAGUCUUUGUGCAGUACUGGUACUGGUUCCCUCUUACACACUUCUUGUCCCUCAGUUUCACCCCGACGUCCGUCAUUGGUGUCGACCAGAAGCUUCAGGUCCCUCACUUCAAGUUCCACAGCAACACCCGCCCCAGCCUCUUCGACUAUCCCCCUGAACAACAAGUUAAGACCGAGGAAGCUCCGGAGAAGGUUAAGACAGCUGUGCUUUCCACCACCGCUCAGGCCAAGCGCCGUGCGCAGCGACGCGAGAAGCAAGCUCGCCGCGAGAGCAUGGAUCUUGACCAAGCUCCUACAACGCCCAAGGCAACUGAGCCUGACGCUAUGGAGACAGACGAUGCUCCCAAGGAGGAUGGUGAAGAAGCCAAGGACGCCGAGAAGCUUGCCACCGAGGGCCAGAAGAAGAAGGUGGAGCGCGAGAAGGUCGGAUAUGAGCUUGACAACCUGUCAAGGGUGUUGCCUGCUCAACUGAAGUAUCUCACAUUCCCCGACCCACGUUAUGAGCCGGUCAAGCGACCCACCGGUGGUGUUGUUGUCGUUCUUGACAAACAGCCCGAGGAAUAUCGCGAUCUUGUCGAGAUGAGGGCCAGCAAAGAAACCCGCCAACCGCCUCCUUCUGCGGAGACCCUCCAGGACCGCCUGCAAGCCGCUAUUGGCAAUUAUACCAAUGCGGUACGAGGAGCUCCACAAACACCCACGCGGGAUUCAGCGAUCGAGGGCGACCUGGCGCAAGGUCGCAGUGACAGCGAAGUUGCGAUGUUGGCCGCGGACGAUGACGGAGAGGAUGUUGAGGACGCUCCUCUUCCAGAUGACUUCACAUAUGAGUCGGAUGAGGAGUAG